CAAAGUAAUGCCACCAAACAAAACGUUGACCUUUCCCCUGGCAGAAGAAUCAGCACGAAAGGGCCGAUAGAGAUACGUUAACAAUACCAGUUUCUUCGACCAGAAGAAACUCAAACCUCUCCAAUCUUCAAAGAUGGUGAAGAUGGCGAUGAUGUUGCUGGUAGCAUGCAUUAUUAGUUGGGGAUCAUGGGGAAAAAGCGAAGGCCCGAGGAAGUUGACAAUGGAAAUACACCACAGAUUCUCAGAAAGGGUGAAGAAAGUGAUUGGGGGAUCAGAGGGGUUGCCGGAGAAGGACAGUUUUGAGUACUACAAGGCAUUGGUAGAUGGAGAUAGAGCCCUGAGGGGUCGCCGCCUUGCCUCAUCCGCCGCCAACAAUCACACCACUCUUACUUUCGCCGACGGCAAUUCCACUCGACAAAUCACUUAUUUGCAUUACGCAAACGUGACAGUGGGGACACCGCCUCAAUGGUUUCUGGUGGCAUUAGACACAGGCAGCGACUUGUUCUGGUUGCCCUGCAAUUGCUCUUCUACCUGCCUCCGAACCUUCGAGACUGACAAUGGAGAGUUGGUGGAUGUCAACAUAUACGACCCGAGCAAAUCAAGAUCAAGCGCAAAGGUAGCAUGCAACCACACAAUGUGUCCGUCAAGAGACGUAUGCCUUUCUCCGGUCAGCGAUUGUCCGUAUAAAGUUGAAUACCUCUCCAAGAACACGACGGCCAGUGGUGUUUUGGUGGAAGAUAUGUUGCACUUGACCUCAGAGGAUUCCAAAUCAUCAGUCCAUGCUCCUAUCAUACUUGGAUGCAGUAAGUCUCAAGAGGGACUUUUCAGAGAAGAAGCGGUAAAUGGGCUGAUGGGACUGGGGGUGGAGGAGAUAGGAGUGCCCGCCAUGCUCUCCAAAGCAGGUCUUGUCCCUUCCGAUUCCUUCUCGAUGUGUUUCGGGCCUAAUGGAUCUGGGACUAUCAGCUUCGGAGACAAAGGUUCCUCCGACCAACGUCAAGCCCCCUUGAAUCUCUCCCCUCUCCCCUUUUACAGUGUGACCAUCAGUCGAAUCGGAGUGGGAGGAGCGACAGUUGACGUAGAAUUCUCAGCCAUUUUCGAUUCGGGUACCGCCGUUACAUGGCUGCUUGAACCCUUCUACUCUCACCUCACUUCAAACUUCGACCGGUCCGUCACUGACAGGCGAAUUCCAAGCGGUUCUGACAAUCCCUUCGAUUUCUGCUACCUUAUAACAUCACUUUCUGAUCCGAGAAACAUUCCGACUAUCGAUUUCAAAAUGAAAGAUGGAGAUGUGUAUCAUGUGUUCGACCCUGUUCUCGUAUUCUCCACCUCCAAUGGAGGAGCAGCAUACUGCCUGGCCGUCAUAAAACAGGAUGACUCCGCUAUUAACAUAAUUGGACAAAACUUCAUGACCAACUACAGAAUCGUCCACGAUCGGGAGAGGAUGAUGUUGGGAUGGAGAGAAUCUGAUUGUUAUGACGAGAGCGAUUCCACCAGACCUCUAAGCUCGCCGGUGGGUCCAUUCUUUGCUCCUCCGCCGCCGCCGCUGUCGUCAUUUAUCUCCGCCGGUUUAUGUUCCAAGCCUCUCCCUUCCCUGCUUUUCCUCCUUAUUCUCUCCCUUUUAAUGUGACACGUUUCUUUCAUUCUUUCUGAUUCAUGUUUGUAAAGCGUCCCUAACCUUUUCUGGUGCUUUGCUUUGUCGACAUUUUCGAAUCUUCCUUGUCCAAUCGACCUUCUCGUUCGUUGACUUUUACUAAAUAACUGAUAGGAUUCAAUGAUAUUUAUGUUUAA